AUGCCACGCGAAAACAGGAAAAGAGGCAAGAAACAUAAGAAACAGCCAGCCGAGGAACAAGUGGCUGCAGUCGAGGAAACCCAGUACGAAGAAGAACCCGAAGCUGGCCCCUCAUGGAUUGUUCCCGCAAACCGCGACGCACCGCAGGAGAACCCGGAAGCACCAUUCGGAUUUGUGGACGUGGAUGUGAAGGCGUAUUUCAGGACCGUGGAUGUGCAGCUUAGGGAGUGGCAAGACAAUGAGGAGCAGGCUGUGGAGGGUGAUGAGGAUGUGGACCCGAAUGAGAACAGGAGAAUGUUUUUGCUUGCUUCGUUGCAGGAGAUGACAGGGAAGGAACGAGAGCUGGCGACUGAUCCAGAUUGUUCGGGAGUCCUGGAGCGCAUGACCUACUCCAUGGAUGACUUCGUGAGGAGAGUCUUCAUGGACAGUUUGGCUGGUUCUUACGAGCAGCUCGCGCGCCAUCGCUUCGCCUCACAUGUUGUGCAAACAUUGUUAGAUGUGGCCCAAGACACCAUCUCGCGAGAAACAAGGGGCAUUCUACCCGCAGUGGAAGACUCUCAAGACAAGGGUGAACUUCGUACAUUAACACAGCUCGUACUCAGCUUCUGCGAGGAAAUCCUUCCGUCAAUAUCCUCUCUAAUCAUGGAUCAAUUCGCAUCCCACGUUAUACGUUCGCUCCUCGUCCUUCUGUGCCCUGCCCUAUUCACAUCGGAGAAGUCCCAAAACACCGUCCGUUCGAAGAAGAGCACCGCAUGGAAAGUGAAGCAGGGGCCCAUGAAAUCUGUCCUUACAGACGAGAAAGGAAGUCAUGGUAAGGGGAAAUUGUCGGAGUCCUCCAACACCAAGACGGCGACACCGAAGAAGUUUGGUGAUGCUGCCAAAAAGAUCGUCAUGGCGGUGCGGAAUGCCUUGGGAGAGAAUGAGGUCAGAGCUUUGUCUGCCGACAAGGUGGCUAGUCCUGUGUUGCAGAUGUUGCUCGAGGUAGAAACCGACGCUGGUAUGGCUGACGAGCCCGAUUCCCUCAUGGAUCGUGUCCUAGUCGGUCUCAUUACUCUUCAUAAGAACGAUCUCACUGCCAUCCCCGAACCUUCCGACUUCCUCUCCACUCUCCUUCGCGAUCCCACCUCUUCUCAUCUGCUCGAGACUCUCGUUCUUCGCUCUCCACCGCCCAUCUUCAACAUCCUCUGGUCAGUCUAUUUCAAGGGCAACCUCGCGAAAUUGGCCAUUCAUCCUGUGGCGAACUUCGUCGUCGCGAAAGCGAUCGAGAGGGUCAGCGCAGAGCAGAUGGCCGAGGUUAUAGAAGAGCUGGGGGAUGUAUGGGGGAAGAUCCGAGCCUCGAGACCAGGUGUGCUGGUCGCAAUGGUGGACCGUGCGGCAGUGUUGAACUCCAUGGAGGCUGAGGUAUGCAAGGCAACCUGCGAUGCAUUCAGUCUCGUAUCUCCAGAGGACCAGCUUUUAAGCGUGCCGUGCCUUCUACGCCUCAUGACGCCUUCCGAGUACAAGACAGCCCAAUCCAAAGCAGAAGCAGCAACAGCCAACGAAAUUUCCCCAGGCCAGCACCACCCCUCCGAGCCCCCCAAAAAGCGCUUCCGCAAAGACACAGCCCACUCCCCAUACUCCCCCCUCGAACCCAAAACCGCCGGCUCCCUCCUCCUGCAAUCUCUCCUCCGUCUCCCAGAUCCGCACAAUCAGCUCGUGCUCAACAGUCUCCAAAGCCUGCCCAUAGAACAGACCAUAUCGCUCGCCCACAACCCCACCAGCUCCCGCGUUCUCGACGUGUUGCUCGAUUCGCCAGCGGUGCCGUCGAAGGCGAAGAGAACGUUCUUGUUGGGUCUUGUGGGGCAUUAUCAGUCGCUCGUGGAUGAUAGGAUCGGGAGUCGGGUGGGAGAUAGGUGUUGGAAGGUCGCCGAUCCGUAUCUCAAGGAAAAAAUCGCUCGCUCGCUCUUCGCGCACGAGUCGAAACUCGCGGGCUCGUUCUACGGAAAAUACUUCGCGAGGAAUCUGAACCUAUACCUCCUCCAACGUCGCCCGGACGAGUGGAGGACACAACAGGCCCAGGCUCACGUACAGGCCAAAAGUGGAGCCAAACCCACCAACACCGCCACCACUGCCGCCGCACCUGCUCAGAAACGCAAGCGCGAGUCCGUGCGGGAUGUGGCCACGAAAGAGGAGGAGGCGGUGGAGGAGGAGGAAAAGAAUGUCGGGAAGAAACGUAAAAGGAGCGGGAAGGGUAAAGCGGACGAUAUCGACGAGUUGUUCGAGGUUGCGUUGGGGAAGAAGAUGAAGAAAGGUUCAUUGGCGGCUGUAAACGCUCCCGUUCCCUCCAUGCACGAUGACGUGGCUCUUGAGGCAGAAGAUCAAGACGAGGGGGCAGAGCGCGCGGAGAAGAAGCGAAAGAAGGAGGAGAAGAAGGAAAAGAAAAAGAGGAAGAGGGAUGGGGAUGAGGGUGGUGGUGGCGGUGAGGAUAAGACGCUCGAGGGUGUGUUGGGUGCGAUCAAGGCGGCACCGAAGGGGCAGGAGAAAGGGAGGGGAAGAGUAAGAAGAACAAGGAUCGGUGAUCUUGCCUGA